CAACGGUCACUGCCAGCAGCGUAACACCUGAGAACCCGUCUCCGGCCAUACUGGUAGGGUCCCCCAGAGACAUUUCGAGGUCCCCACCGCUGACUCAGCUUUCGGCCGCCCUCAUCUACCGCCAUGGGAAUGAUCCGCCCCCGGAGAAGCCACCGCCUUCGCCCGCGCCGCUGCCCACCCCGCAGCCCGCCCCUCAGCCCUCGCCAUGAGGCUCUGAUGACCUUCUUGGCCGGAGGGCCUCCCCCGGAAAACCUGUUACCUAUGCUGGCGGCCAUUGCCCCUGCGCCUCCGCCCAUGUUUCUUGCGCCUCCGGUGGUGGUGCCGAGGCCCAUCUCCCAAGUGCGCCAGAAUUACCACAACAACUGCGAGGCCUCCAUCAACCACCAGAUCCACUUGGAGCUGCACGCUUCCUACGUGUACCUGUCCAUUGCCUUCUAUUUCGACCGCCAGGACCAGGCCCUGCAGCACUUCGCUACCUUCUUCCUGUGGCAGUCGAGGGAGGAGUGGAAGCACGCCCAGACGCUGAUGAAGCUGCAGAACCGGCGAGGGGGUCGGAUCCGCCUGCGAGAUAUCAGGGGGCCGGACCACAACCAGUGGGAGAGCGGCCUGAAAGCCAUGAAGAGCGCCUUGCAAAUGGCGAGGAUGGUGAACCAGAGCCUGCGCAACCUGCACCAGCUGGCCACCAACAAGAACGACGCCCACCUGCGCGAUUUCCUGGCGCAUCACUUCCUGCGCCAGGAUGUGCAGUUCAUCUACAACCUGGGAGCCAGUAUCAGCGAGCUGCGCAAGCUGGGAGCCCCGACGUCCAGCCUGGCAGAGUACCUCUUUGACAAGCUCACUCUGGGUGCCAGCAAGAACUGAGCCUGGACUGCCUUCCUGAUAGCCACGGGUGACUUCCCCUUGUCACCGUGCCCAGCAUGCAUGUUGCCAUAUUGCCCUUGCAGAACGUUCAGUUAAGUUUUUAUGUUCAAGUUUUACCAUUUCUUCAAAUACAGUUAUUGGUUCUUAAAUUUAAAAAAUAAA